UUUCUCUAUGCGGCAUUCUUCAAGUAGAGACUCUGCUUCUUCUCGUAGUUUUUAUGAGAGGACACGUUGGUCAAGCAGAAGUUCUACGUACCGAGAAAAGAAUUUUGCAAAACAGGGAUAUGUUCAAACUGGUUCUGAUAGAGAUGACUUUGCGCGAAGUUUUUAUCCAAAACGAGGUCCAGGAUCCUUCAAGGGCGCGUUUGUGGAAAGAAAGGAAGAAUCUAGUAGAAUUCAAAGACCGUACAAAAACUAUCACAAGUAUGUUCCAGAUAUAAGUCGAAAUAACCACAAUGUUGCAAAUUAUCCCCUUAGAAAGGAAAAUAGCCCUUACUUGGUGAAAGUUUGGGUGCGAAACCUUCCUCCUUCCUACAGUGAAGACGAUUUUCAUAUGGCCUUUGAAUCGGCUGGUCAUUCUUUUUCAUUGGUUGCCUGGUGUCAGUUCUACCCGGGUUGUCCCGCAAGUCGCAAAGAAACAUUAUCUUCUGCGAAGAAAGGUUUUGCUUACCUUGCGUUUCAGUCUUUGGAGGACGCAUUGGGGUUUGAAAAGGAGUACAGCGGCUUGAAGUUGAAAGAUACAAACAAUGGUGUUGAGUAUGGAAUAAGAGUAUUCCGUGCACUGUUUCCAAAGGUUCCGUCAAAGUUUCGUUGUCGUGAUUCUUGCGUUGCGACUAUCUUCGAAGAUGCGGAUUUUCGUCGUUUUGAAGAAUCACUGAAUGGUACACAAGAUGAAAGAGAGCAAUCGGAGGGAAAUUUAAGUGUCAUAAACGCAACUUCAGAUAGUGACGAUAGGCAAUGUCAACAAGUUAAUAAUAGAACUCAAUCUGUAUCUGCAGCUGAUCUAGCUUUUGACAAAGGAAUUGGUUCGCAAGAGAGAACAGUCAAGAGUUCUAAUGGUGAAAAAGAUACGAUUCAAAGUAAUAUCCCAACAAAGCAACGAUAUUCUCAACGAAUCACAGAAAAAGUUUCCUCAUCAUCUCGAAGUCGUUUGACUCCUCGUUAUCGAGUAAAGAGCAAAACAGAACAAGGACAAAAAUAAUAUUUCAUUCGUAUUACAAGCUAUGUAGGCUUUCAAAGACAUUGUGGAGUCUUUACCCUUAACCAUGUUUUACUUAUUUCAUGGAACUAUGGAAAGUAGAAAUCGUUCCGACUGAAAACGUUUCAAGUUGUAACUGAAAUCUUUUACGAAAAUUGGAGGUUAUUGAGAAGUUGUCAAGGUUCGCAGAAAGAAGACAAUAGCAAAAAAUAUGAUGUAUAUCGACGAAAUGGAGUGUUGGUUGGACAAGCUCACGUGGCCAGCUUGUGUUUGCCAGUCAGAUGCUAUACAGUAGUAUACAACCUUAAAAGAAAUAGAAUAAUUUGUUGGCAACAAUACUAAGAGUAAUAGUUUAAAUUUUUGAAGGUUCGGAAUAUUAAUGACCUGUGUUUGUCUCGUUAGAUGGUUUUGUGAGCUUAUAUCACAGUUGUCUAGAACUGUAUAAAUAUAAAAAAUCCCCUUGAAUGUGUAGACUAUUGGGAAUAUCCGGAUAAAGCUAGGUUGGCCGAG